CAAGUACAAAUUUAUCAUGUUUUUUAAACCCUUUAUCAGUUUUUUUUAAAUCAUGUAUCGUGUUUACUGGUUUCAUGUUGGAACAUAGUUACGUAACAUAGUUGCUGCUGAUGAUGUGGAAUAAACAAAAUUCAAGAACAAUGUAAAAUCAGAAUCACAUAUCCUGGAAAACUUGAUGAUGUAACAAAAAUUAGCUAUUUAUCGUGGCUCGAGAAACUUUCACUUUAUUCUUUUGACAAGUGUAAAUGUAUUUUUCUGUACGUUGUUUUUACUGUUUAUUAGGUAAAGUACGGCAGUGCUGUAACCAUGUACAUCAGUGUUAUACAUAGUGAGGAAUCACGUUGAUUUGAAAAGUUGUUUCUCAACAUAGGAUGACAAGACUGUGAGAUAUAUCAAGGGAUCCAGAGUGAUGGUAAUAAUGAGAGGCCUACCAGGAAGUGGAAAGUCUUACAUUGUUUCGAAACUGGAGGAGAUGUAUGGAAAAUCCUGUAUUGUCUGCUCAGCCGACCAGUACUUUUGCAAAAACGGAAUAUACAGAUUUGAACGGAGCAAGUUGGAUUAUGCCCACAAGUUUUGUCAGGAGAAAGCAGAACGAGUGUGUAGAAUGAGUACACCUGUAGUCAUCAUAGAUAACACUAAUGUUCGUCGCUGGGAAAUGGAUUUUUACAGAGAACUCGCUCAUAGAGAAGGUUAUAUACAACUUUUUGUUGAGCCGAAGACACCAUGGAAGUUUGAUCCAGAAGUACUUGCCUCAAAAAAUUCUCAUGGUAUAGCGACAGAGAUGCUGCAAAGGCGUCUCGAGCAGUGGGAACUUGUCCAUCCUUUAUAUUUUGGCUGGUUUCUGAACCACUGUGACUCUUUAAACUUUCUAAUUAUUGCCAAGGUCUUCUUGGAAAACUGUAUGAAAGUUGAGAAGUUUUUCACAGAAUUUCAAGAACAUUUGAUACUGAGUAAUUGCAGAGAUAUAUAUAGUUACUACAGCAUGACUCAUAACUCAAGACAACCACUGAUGUUACACUGUACAGCUAAGUUCUGUGGAAGCAAACAGCAAGAAGCCCAAGUAUAUCUAGAACAAGGGGUUGUUCAGAAGGCGUAUGGUGCAGUAUUUGAGCUAGGAAUUGUGGGAUUUGUUAUCACUCCUUCAACGUUUGGAGCCAGAGUUUCUCUCACGAAGGACGAACUUGAACUCUGGUGUCAGAACGACUAUAACAGUGUGCCACCACUCCAGCAAGGGUUGGAUGCCCUGUCAGGUGGCCUCAAGACACCCAGGCAAGGGAUGACAGGUGCUCCAAACCGCGGAAGCUCGGAAUUAAAUAACGGUUGGAAUUUUAUUCCACCCUGCUCAAGUUGCAUUCCUACUUUGUGUACCUUGUCGAAUGAAUCUUUGAUUGGUUCUAGCAGAUUUCAGCCUGUUCAGGGCCGAGGGAAAAGAGCUCACAUUACGCUAGGACUAGCUUCAGGGUCUAAAGCUGUUCAGACGGGUUUUGAUCUUCUAGAAGCUGUUGAACUUGAGUCAAAAUGUGGUGAUAGUGUUGAAUCAUUCAGCCUACUUGGUGGUGUUUUACGCAGUUAUGGUGAAGGAAUGUGGAUCGUGUACUUAGAUAGACCAAUGUUAGUAAAUGGACUGUUUUCUUUUUAUGUGGGAGGAAGUAGUCAUAUGGAAUAGUGAAACCUAGAAUUACACACUCGUUUUAUCUUCUUAGUCACACAUAUAUAUAUAUUUCUUUUUAUAUCAAGUUCUGAAAUGCUCCGUGCAGUUUUGUGGCAUUUCAUUUAACUAUAAACCAAAAAUAGAUGUCUAAUUUAACGAGUUAAGAACAUCUCAGACUUAUUGAGAAUUCUCAGUUUGAUUUUGUAAUUGGUAAAGUUGAUUAAUUUUACUGUUAAAUCCUUUUCAUGACAUUAGCAGAUUAGGUAUUUAAAGGAAGAAGCAUAUACUUUUUUUAAGAAUAUGUAAUACUUUAGCUGCAAAUCAUAAACAGUUUUUUGUUGUAAUGAUUUUCUAUACAAAGUAAUCGUACACCUGGUAUGCAGUGUACGUUUUACAUUGUAUUUUUUUCAGUGUUAACUUUUUUUGUCAGCUAUUUGCCAAAGAUCGUAAGACAAUAUAGAGAAUGAAAAUGUAUAUCCUGUAUCAUAAAAACAAACUUAUCUGUUACAUCUAUUUGAGUUAAAUGUGCCAUUAUAAGCUAAAGGUUCCUGGAAUAGUUUUAUUUUUUACGCUACACGUUGAUAAUAAUUGCUCUAGAAUGUUGUAAGGUAUUGUUUCUUGCUCUUAACAUCAUAUUUUUUAAAGGAUUAUGUGUAUUGUUUUACACUAGCAUGUAAAAUGUUGAAAGAUCGACUCAUCUCGAUCAGGAAUUAGGUUUAAUAUUUAUGAAGCUUUAUUAAGCAAGAAGAAGUCCUGAUGGACAGCAGGUUAAAAAAUGAUUAAAUUUAUCCUUUUUUUUGAUAUUUUUAUAUCCUCUCUUUCAUAUUUCUAAAUCCUUUCUAUCUGUUGCUCAUAUUUUUUUUAAAUUAAAGAGACUGUAACAACCACAUGUUUCAACAAACAUCAGCGGUAGUUUAAUUAUCACAUAGAAUUGAUAAACAUGUUUCUUAAAUACUUUGUGUAUGUGUUUCGAUAGAAAUUAUUUUUCCAAUAUUUUUAUUAGUUAUCAGAAUGGUUAACAAGAACCUAGCUAACUUGUUAUUAGCUAAUAUAACUACCAGUGUUUUAAGCAUGUAGUAAUAUAACUACCAGUGUUUUAAGCAUGUAUGUACAUUUCAAAUAAUUAAAACUAGUCAUUCGAACUAAAGGAUAUGCUACAAUGUUGAGUAAAUGUAAUUUUUUUCUAAGUUAUUUAGAUGUCAAAUCCAACAUUUUUUACAUAAAAAUGCAUAUCUAACUAUUACCUGACAUCAUUCAAUUAAUAUAUCUGUGAUAAGUCUUGAUUGUAUUAUAGAGGAAUUUUUAGCAACAGACCAGAAGAUACAUGAAAGUACAGGUUUGGAAUAAACUGUUAGUAUAAACUGACCAGAAGAUACAUGAAAUUACAGGUUUGGACUAAUCUAACAGUGUAAACUGACCAGAAGAUACAUGAAAUUACAGGUUUUGAAUAACCUGUUAGUACAAACUGACCAGAAGAUAUAUGAAAGUACAGGUUUGGACUAAUCUAACAGUACAAACUGACCAGAAGAUACAUGAAAGUACAGGUUUGGACUAAUCUAACAGUGUAAACUGACCAGAAGAUACAUGAAAUUACAGGUUUGGACUAAUCUAACAGUAUAAACUGACCAAAAGAUACAUGAAAUUACAGGUUUGGAAUAACCUGUUAGUACAAACUGACCAGAAGAUACAUGAAAGUACAGGUUUGGAAUAACCUGUUAGUACAAACUGACCAGAAG